AUGCUUGUGAUGGAAUAUGGAGAUUUAAUGGCGGACAAAAUAUUCCUUGAGGUUCCAGAUGGUGCAGUUUGGCCAGUAAAACUGACUAGGCCCCGCAACGGAGAGAUUUGGCUGCAAAAGGGAUGGCCAGAAUUCGCUAAAUUUUACUCCCUAAAGCAUGUUUCAAGCACUGGUGAUGAAGCUGAAGGCAAUUCCAAUCCAAGUAGUGAAACUGAAGGCCAAGGAAAUAAGCAUGACAGGGAUUUAGCAUUGAGAACUUUUGCAAAGACAGAACUUGAAGAUUUAGCAUACUCAAAAGCUUUAAGCUUCAAAUCUAACAAUCCAUUUUUGUGUGAUGAAAAUGCAUCUAUCAUACUUAUCAACUCACCUGGUAAGGAACCCUAA